AUGGUGGGGCGGCUCAGCCUGCGCGAAGUUCCCGAGCUGCCCGACGCCAGGAAGCGGGGCGACGCGGGGCUCGACAGCCCCGACUCCGGGCUGCCCCCCAGCCCCGGACCCGCCCAUCCACACUGGCCGCUUUCCGCCGGGAGUCCGGAGCGAACCGCGCACAACGGACUGCCGGAACCCGAAACCCACGCGUCCGUCUCCGCGGCUGCGAAUUCCACGUUCUCUCCCAGCCCUGCUCUCUCCAGCUGCCCUCCAAGACUGUGUCCUUUAUCCUUUGGUGAAGGCGUUGAGUUUGACCCUUUACCACCAAAGGAAAUAAGGUACACCUCCUCAGUGAAAUACGACUCAGAGAAGCACUUCAUCGACGACGUCUACAUGCCCGUGGGCUUCAGCGUUUCCUCCUGCAGCCAAACCAUCGUCUGCGUCCCCGACUGCACGUGGCGCAGCUACAAAGCCGAGCUGCGUUUCCAGCCCCGCAACAAAGCCCAGCGCUUCACCAGCACCACCAUCGUCUACCCGAAGCACGCCAAGACUGUGUACACCACCACCCUGGAUUACAACUGCCGCAAAUCCCUGCGGCGUUUCCUCUCCAGCGUCGAGCUGGAAACCUCUGAGUGUUUCGGGAGCGAUUGCGUCUUGGAUGGCUGCUGAGCGGCGGCCGUCCCUGGUGCUCCGAUCCAUCCCCGGUGCUCCGAUCCAUCCCCGGUGCUCCGAUCCAUCCCCGGUGCUCCGAUCCAUUCCUGGUGCUCCGAUCCAUCCCCGAUGCUCUGAUCCAUCCCGCUCCCAUCUCACCACACUAUCACUCUCUGUUUGCUGCGCUGGGUGCAGAGCCCACCUUUGCAGUCCCCACCUCUUGCUCAGCUCCUAUUCCUGCUUUAAGCGUCAGGUGGUUUUCGGUGGGGGUGUGACUCAGUGAGGGAUUUCUUUGCUGUUAAAGGGUUCCCUCCCCUACCCCGCAGUGCAGAUGGAAAGAAGGGGAAGCGUUUUCCCGGAGAAAACAAUAAUAGAAUGUGGGAUAGCGUUGGGCUGGAGGAAGUGUAUUGGGGGGAUGUGCAAAGAUAAGGGCUGUUCAGUCUUGCGGACAAACCACCAGGUCUCUGGGUUACGUACAGCCAGAGCUGUCAUUCAUUUUGGUUUGGAUUAUGGGACUCUCAUCUGGAAGUUGGCCUCCUGGAAUCUGCUGGAAAGAGCUAACAGAAAGUCUGGGGUGCCGUGCUUAACAGAUCUGAAAUGUUAUCCAAUGGCAUUCGUGUCUGCUCUGAAGGUAUGAUUUGGAAAGAAGUGUAGAGCAGGAGAGAAACUGCUUUUGCAGCUCCAGGCAGCAGAGAAGGGAUGAGGAUGGGGUAACAGCUUGGGCUGCAGGAAACUGCUGCCAUGUGCAGCAGGAGAGUUGUGGGGCCAAAGGGAACAACUUGAGGUUGCAAUGGCAGCUCUCAACCUGCAUCUAAUGAGGAUUUAGUGAGUUAGAGACCCGGGAGCCUGUCCUGGAGCUGUGCUUAGGGUGUGUAUGUGCACGUGGGGUGAGUGGUGUGGAAAUGUACUUCAGCAUGAACUGAUCUGGGAGACUGCAACAGGGAAGCAGGCGUGAGUUGGUGCGGUUUGUUUUGUUGUCCUUUUGGUUUUGUACUUAUUUAUUAGCUCAGAACGGAACGUCCUUCAUCUUUGCUUCAGGUAACCAAAUCCCAAAACAGUUCCAGGGUGGCAAAGGUUCAGGUGGGCUCUGCUCCAGGAUGAAGAGCAGCACGGUGUUGUCGUUAAACACAUCAGCUUCAGACAGCGGAAUUUAGGGGGUGCAUCUCAAAUCCACACCAAGAUGGUCCCUUAAACACAACCCCAAGGUGGCACAACCUGGUUUUUAUGAAGCAAGCCGAUGCCUUUUAAUGUAUUUUAAUUAGUAGAGAUACUUUUUACUUUUUAUUUAUGCUCCAACAUCUGCAAAGCUCUGGUCAGCUCUGUGCAAACGCUCUGAUGGCUGUGGAGUUUGUCCCCCCCUCUCAUUUUCAGUUGUCUUUUACUUUACUGAUAAUAAACCAUCUGAAAAGCGUAA